AUGGGGAGCGGAUACGAGGAGUGCGUGAAGCUGUGCCGCAGUUUCGCCCGCGAUUGCGUGGACAAUCUCAACGAGCGGCUUGAUGACCUGGGGAAGCUGGGGCCGACGAAGCUGUUUCGGGCCGGAAAGUGGCCAAAGAUCAAGGCUCAACGGGAGAAGAAGUGCCGUGAGUGGCUUCUGGGAUGCAGCAAACUCUUCCGCCACAAGCUGUCGGGAUUCGACCUCAAGGCCGCAGAGAGGGAGCUUCCCACAUUCUGUGCGAUCAUGGAGGCGCACCACGAGCUGGAAAGCUUCACGCAGGGACUGGCCAACAUUCUCGGGAGCGCAGACUCGAAGAGGUCUAUAAGGAGGAGGCGCCGUGCAAAGAGCGUGAAGCUUGCUGUGGCUGAGCGUGAAAGGAAGGGGAAAGCAAAGGAGGGUGAAGCAGGAGCUGCCGACCAAAACGACGGGGAGGAGGAGGAGGAAGAGGAGGAGGAGGAGGAGGAGGAGGAGGAGGAGGAGGAGGAUGUGGAACAGGAGCUGGGCGACGAUCAGGAGCUUGUGGGGGAGGAGAAGGAGGAGGAAAACCCCUUCGUUUCGGACGAUGAGGAUGUGGAGGAAGUGUUCCACAUCGAUAGGCCUGUGCACUAG